AUGAGUUCUCCAGUAACAAAUCCAUUGUUUGAAUUUCAAUGGUUAAGGAAUAAAAACACAUACAAAUAUCGAGCUGUUUGUCAAGAAUUAUAGACAUAGCUAGAUCCAUCUUAACUCAUUAAAUAUGCAACAAUUAUAUUAAAGAGAGAUCCUUCUGAUAGAUUUGAAGAAGAAUUAUUAUUGAUUAUGAAGGCAACUGAAAAUUUAUAAUUUUUCAAGGAAAUGAAUUCCAAAUAAAAAAAUAUAGAUAAUCGACUUCACACUUAAUGUUGUUAAAAAAUGACAUACAAAGCAUUUUAAUAAGGUGAAACAGUAUUUAAAUAGGGUGAUAAAGGUGAGAAUGCUUUUAUAAUAUUAAGUGGAAGUGUUAAUAUAUAUUCCUAAUUAGAUCAAUAUGUAGUUAAUGAUUUAUCAUACAAAAGUAGAAAAAAGUUUGAAAAUUGUACAUAAUAAUAAAAAAGAACUCAUCCAAUAUCUGUUAUUAAUUAAGCUAAAAGAGAGAAGAUGAAAAAUAAGUUUUCAUCUUCAGUUGGAAUGAUGAAGAAACUGAAAAGACAAAAUUCUAAAUAAGUAGAAGAUGAAUAAUUUCAUUCAAUAAAAUUACUUUAAACUUAACAUAUUAUUGAAGAAGUAAAGAUUGAAGAAGAAAAGGAUAAAAAGAUUUUAGAAAUUUAAUAAUAAAUGGGUUUAGAAAUGACAGCUGGUAUUCCACCAUCAAAAUUAGAUAUUGAUUAUUUUUUUAUUGAUGGUGUAUUUAAACAUAAAUUUGUAAUAGAAUUAAUGGAAGGAUAGAUGUUUGGAGAAUUGGCACUUAUUUGGAAUCAACCAAGAUCUGCCACUGUUGUUGCUAAAUCUAAUUUAGAAUUAGCUGUUUUAACUUCUUAAGAUUAUAAAUCAUUAUUAAAAGAUGCAGAACUUAAUAAAAUUGAAUAAAGAAUUAAAUUUUUUUAGAAUUAUUUCUUUAGGGAAUGUCCUAGAUUUGUAACUUUAAGAUAUUGUUAUAACUUUAAAAAAAUAGAACUAAGAAAAGGAAAUUAUUUAAUAAGAAAGGGUGAUAAAGUGACUUAAAUUUAUUUAAUUAAAAAAGGAGAAUUAGAAGUUAUACAUGAGUAAGAGAUAAUUAAUUAAGUUUCUGAAGAAUAAUAAUCUGAAUUAGCAUCAUCUGAAUAAUAAUUAUUACUUGCUAUUAAAUAGACUUAAAUGAAACCUCUUAAGAAAAUGAUUUAAUAAAGAAGAGUUAUUAUUUUGAGUGAGGGUGAAAUUAUAGGUGAUAUUGAAAUUAUGCUCAAAAUACCUGUAUCUUAACAAACUAUUAUUGUAAAAAGUGAAAAAGCAAAGAUAUAUGGAUUAUAAAUGAGUCAUUUUAAUAGAAUUCUAAGUGAUCAAACUACUUUAAAGAAAUACUUUUAUGAUUAAGCUAAUAUGAAAUAUUAACAUAACAUAAAUUUAAUUAAAUAGGUUGAUAAAUUUCAUUAAUCUUAGUAUGAAAAAGUUAAAUUAAAUUAACAACUUUAUUUACUUAAAUUAAAAAAUGAAAGUGAUAAAUAAUAACCAUCAAAUUUAAAUAAUAUUAUUGAAGAAUCAGAUGAAUCAUAAUUAGGAUAAUCAAAAUAAAAAAUUAUAUCUAUUCAUGAUUAUGUACAAGAAUAUCCUAUAAAAAUAGAAAGACCUAUAACUAAUUAAAAAUAAAAUAGUGCAUUUCCCUCUCUUAAACUCAAUUUAUCAAAUAGUCCUUUAUUUGGAUCAAUGACCAGUAGAAUUGACUCUAAAACUAAAGACAUUGAAGAAGAUUAUGAACUUUAAGUUGCCAGUUUAAAAGGAGUAUUAAAUAAAAUAAAAUUUUAAGUAAAUCAUAAGUCAUCAUAAAAAAUUCUUAGAUAAAAAAAAGCAAGUGAAUAAGAUUUUAGAAAGUAAGUGUAAAUAAUGUAGUAGAAUAAUGAUGAAAUUAAAAAGUAUGAUCGUAAACAUGUAGAUUUAGUUCCUGAAAAUGAAAAAAUUAAAAUUAAAAGGUAACAUGAAGCUAGUGAAAUGAUUCGUUAAGAAAUGGGUUCAUAAUCUUUACAUCUCAAAAAAUUUAUUGAAUAUUAAUUAAUGAAAACAGAAAUGAGUUAAAGAAUGUCUAAAUCAAUUUAUCAAUCUGAAAGAUUAAUUGGUAAUAAUACACCUAUUUCAGAUGGUUAAUUUUUUAAUUGCUUUUCAAAUUCUUGCAAAAGAACAGAAAAUCGAAUACUUACUGAAUCUAUUUAAUCUCCUUCACCUAUUACUUAAUCUGAGUAUAAAACUCAAAAUUUUUCAACAUCGAUAUGUGUUUCUAAAUAACCUUAAUAAUAAAAACCAGUUUUCAUUAAAAGUGAGCAUAAUUUAUUUAGAAUGAAACCACAAUCUCGAUUACUGUAAGUAAGAUACUCGAAUCAUAGUGUAGGUAAUUGA